UUAAAAGACUCCUGUCAUUGGAUUCGAAAGUACGACAUUUUUCUAAUAUCAACACCAUAUAUACAUAUACCUGGACAUAUUUUAACAGUCAUUGACUCUGAAUUAACUCCUCAGACAGGUGGUACACCUGAGGUACAUACUUUGUUUUCACGCGAGUCCUGCAUUUAAUUUGACCCUAGAUUAUUAUCUGUGGUAUAAAUUACAGGUGACAUCAAUGUUCAUUUGCACCAUGCACCGAAAAGGGAUUACGAUGAGAACAACUCUACUGUUGUACACAGUGUUCUUCCUGCUGGGAGUUCACCUUGCAGUCAGCCAACAAUCCGACGAAGGACCGUGUCAAACGAUCACAGUAUCCAUGUGUUCUACGAUGCCUUACAAUCUGGCGUUCAUGCCGAACAGAUUUGGACAAUCUAGAAUGGACGAUGCUGGACUGGAAAUACAUCAAUUCCUUCCUCUAGUUAGAGUACAUUGUAGUGCAGCCCUGCUGCCCUUCUUAUGCGCAGCAUAUUUCCCUAAAUGCAGCGCAAGGGGAGGGGGACUCGAACCAUGUGCCCGACUCUGUAGAGAGGCCAGGAAUGGCUGUGAGUCACUAAUGAACAAGUUUGGAUUUCAAUGGCCAGUUGCUCUAGAUUGCGACUCUUUUUCAGAAAACUAUCGGUGUUACGAUGUAGAAUAAAAAUAUCGUAAUGUUAUUCAAUUAAUUUUCGCUAUUUCACAUUUGUACUCAAUAGGCCACAAAUGUCUUUUGUUUCUUAAUUACGCGAUUGUAAUUUAAAUAGGAUUUCUUAAAUAUCGGAAAUGCUUUUUGCUCUUCUCUGGCAGAAAAGGAACUUGUGCCAUUACUAACAGUACGUGUUCUAGGUUUUGGAAAACACAACCAAGAUUGCGUCUCUGACCGGAGGGAUCAUGCGGCUGAUAAAACGUGACAAACUUCUGUUAACACUGUAGAAGCGUUUGAUAUCGUGCUUGAACAUUUUUACUGCACUGUAUGGCCAUUUCACCAAUUUAGGACUUUUCAGUGAUGCUUUAAGUCAAAAGAUUGAACAUCUAUGUAUUAUAUGUUCCAUAACAUGUGUUUGAAACAGCAAAAGAAAAAGCUGUAAUAAAUUA